AUGCAGGGCUCGGGACGUCUGGUUCAGCAUGACAAGGCGUUCAAGGGGUCGCGUGUGGGGCACCGGGCCUUUGACAACUCCAACUCGAAGCUGAUGCAGCGAAUGGAGCGGGAGAUGCGCAACGAGCUGAAAUUCAUCCCCGAUCGGCUGAGCGACCCCCUCUUGGAUAUUGGAAAUCUGUCGGACCCCUACGCGCUGCCGGGGGGCAACAGCCGGGGGGCGCAGCAAGAAAUCGGCCAGUCCGGGCUGCGGAAGAAGGAGGGUGUGACAGUUGAGGAGUGGGACGACGCGCUGACUGUGGGCGAGCUCAAGGAGAAAUAUGCAAGGCAGUUUUGGCUGGAGGAGCUGCAGGAGCGUGCAAUGGACGUCCACCACGAGCAGCGCAUGCGCGGAACCGUGCCCAGCUACGGGCAGGCUCUCGCGCUGGGCAACCUCAUGGAGCAAAUGCACCUCGAGGAGGACACGGUUGACGCGGACCAGAUCCCUACCUGGAUCCGGGCCCACUUCAUGAUGGAGGAGCGCUGGGGCGAGCUGGAGGCCGAACACCAGGCCGCCGCACAGGCAGUCCAACUCGCAGAAUCCUGGGGCAUGUCGGCGGAACUGCAGGACAAGAUCGACAACUUUGACCCGUCGCUGUUCGAGGGCGAGCCCGACACGCCGGCGGAGCCGGACGUGAUAGACCAGCUGUUGGACGGCGUUCUCCCCGGCACGGCCGGUUUUGUGGACGGCGGGCCAGCGCAGCGCGACUACAUGAUGGACAUCCUGCCCGAGGGGCCCGACGAUGAGUGA